AGGUUGGUGGUAAAGCAAAAGGUCUGAUCUUGAUGUGGGGCAGGGGGUCGGGAGAAGGGCUCUGGGUCGAUGACUGUGACUUUGGAGCAAAUCCCAUGGGUCUAGUCUUCAAGGUCAAAGUGAGGGGGCUUAUAUUGAAUGGCCCAUAGUAGGCCCAGGUGGUCAUCCCUUUUUACCGAGUGGGACUUGAGGCAAGGAGACCACCUCUGUAACACAUGGCCCAGGUGGGGCUCUGUGUCAGCAGGAGCUCUAUGUUGGCCUUCUUCAGUGCCUUAGGCCUCACAACCUCCUUUUUCUUCCUCUUAUUUUUUUCUAGAUCUCCAGAGGCUCCUGGAAGAGAAGUAGCAGGCUCUUCUGAGUUAUCCUGGCUCCCCACCUUAGCCUCCACAACCUGGCUCCCCCUCUCCUACCUGUUCCCCCUCUCCCCUUCUCCCUUCCCAAUGCACCCAACUGAACUGGGUGUGGGCCAAAGCUCCUCUCCCCCCUUUCCCCUCCUAAACACACACUGGCCAGGCCCUAUAUUCUCCUAUUCUGUGCCCAAAGAUACUCGAACACACUUCAUCUAAGUAACAGGGGGACGGGGUCUUUCUGACUUCACGAGUCCUUGAGCAAAAUCUGAAUAAGGAGUGUAGGAGAUCUGGUGAAGUAUUCCCAAAGCCCCAUCAUGGAAGAGGGUUUCAGAGACCGGGCAGCUUUCAUCCGUGGGGCCAAAGACAUUGCCAAGGAAGUCAAGAAACACGCAGCCAAGAAGGUGGUGAAGGGCCUGGACAGAGUCCAGGAUGAAUAUUCCCGGAGAUCCUACUCCCGCUUUGAGGAGGAGGACGAUGAUGAUGACUUCCCUGCCUCUGCUGACGGCUAUUACCGUGGGGAAGGGGCCCAGGAUGAGGAGGAAGGUGGCGCAUCUAGUGAUGCCACUGAGGGCCAUGACGAGGAUGAUGAGAUCUACGAGGGGGAAUAUCAGGGCAUCCCCCGGGCAGAGUCUGGGGGCAAAGGCGAGCGGAUGGCAGAUGGGGCACCCCUGGCUGGAGUGAGGGGGGGCUUGGGUGAUGGGGAGGGCCCCCCUGGGGGCCGGGGAGAGGCACAGCGGCGGAAAGAACGGGAAGAACUGGCCCAGCAGUAUGAAGCCAUCCUACGGGAGUGUGGCCAUGGCCGCUUCCAGUGGACACUGUAUUUCGUGCUUGGUCUGGCGCUGAUGGCUGAUGGUGUCGAGGUCUUCGUGGUGGGCUUUGUGCUGCCCAGUGCUGAGAAAGACAUGUGCCUGUCUGACUCCAACAAAGGCAUGCUGGGCCUCAUUGUCUACCUGGGCAUGAUGGUGGGAGCCUUCCUCUGGGGAGGGCUGGCUGAUCGGCUGGGUCGAAGACAAUGUCUGCUCAUAUCACUCUCAGUCAACAGCGUCUUCGCCUUUUUCUCAUCUUUUGUCCAGGGUUAUGGCACUUUCCUUUUCUGCCGCCUCCUUUCUGGCGUCGGGAUUGGAGGGUCCAUCCCCAUUGUCUUCUCCUAUUUUUCGGAGUUUCUGGCCCAGGAGAAACGUGGGGAGCAUUUGAGCUGGCUCUGCAUGUUUUGGAUGAUUGGUGGAGUGUACGCAGCUGCUAUGGCUUGGGCCAUCAUCCCCCACUACGGGUGGAGCUUUCAGAUGGGGUCCGCUUACCAGUUCCACAGCUGGAGGGUCUUUGUCCUCGUCUGCGCCUUUCCUUCUGUGUUUGCCAUUGGGGCUCUGACCACACAGCCUGAGAGCCCCCGUUUCUUCCUGGAGAACGGGAAACAUGAUGAGGCCUGGAUGGUACUGAAGCAGGUCCAUGACACCAACAUGCGAGCCAAGGGGCAUCCUGAGCGAGUCUUUUCAGUAACCCACAUUAAGACAAUUCAUCAGGAGGAUGAGUUGAUUGAGAUUCAGUCAGACACAGGGACCUGGUACCAGCGCUGGGGGGUCCGGGCCUUGAGCCUGGGAGGGCAGGUUUGGGGGAACUUCCUCUCCUGUUUUGGUCCAGAAUAUCGCCGCAUCACUCUGAUGAUGAUGGGUGUGUGGUUCACCAUGUCGUUCAGCUACUAUGGCCUGACUGUCUGGUUUCCCGACAUGAUCCGCCAUCUCCAAGCAGUGGACUACGCAGCCCGCACCAAAGUGUUCCCUGGGGAACGUGUAGAGCAUGUGACUUUUAACUUCACCCUGGAGAAUCAGAUCCACCGAGGGGGACAGUACUUCAAUGACAAGUUUAUUGGGCUGCGUCUGAAGUCAGUGUCCUUUGAGGACUCCCUAUUUGAGGAGUGUUAUUUCGAGGAUGUCACAUCCAGCAACACUUUCUUCCGCAACUGCACGUUCAUCAACACCGUGUUCUAUAACACUGACUUGUUUGAGUACAAGUUUGUGAACAGCCGUCUGGUGAACAGCACAUUCCUGCACAACAAGGAGGGUUGCCCACUGGACGUGACAGGGACAGGUGAAGGCGCCUACAUGGUGUAUUUCGUCAGCUUCUUGGGGACGCUGGCUGUGCUUCCUGGGAACAUUGUGUCUGCCCUGCUCAUGGACAAGAUUGGCAGGCUCCGGAUGCUUGCUGGCUCCAGCGUGAUGUCCUGCGUCUCCUGCUUCUUCCUGUCUUUUGGGAACAGCGAGUCAGCCAUGAUCGCUCUGCUCUGCCUUUUUGGGGGGGUCAGCAUUGCAUCCUGGAACGCGCUGGACGUGUUGACUGUUGAACUCUACCCCUCGGACAAGAGGACCACAGCCUUCGGCUUCCUGAAUGCUCUGUGUAAGCUGGCAGCUGUGCUGGGGAUCAGCAUCUUCACGUCCUUUGUGGGAAUCACCAAGGCCGCCCCCAUCCUCUUUGCCUCAGCUGCUCUUGCCCUUGGUAGUUCUCUGGCCCUGAAGCUGCCCGAGACGCGGGGGCAGGUGCUGCAGUGAGUCUCUCUGGAGCUUCGGGUUGGCAGGCACACUGUGAGACCAACAAUUCCUUCUUCCCCUUCCCUGUCCUGCCAUCCUGGCCACAAAGAGCCCUCAUUCCCCACUCCCGUUUGGUGUCUUAGCCGUGUGUGCGUGUGUGCGUGUGUGUAUGUGUGUGCACGUGCGUGACCCCGUGGGCAGGGACUACAGGGAAGGCUCCUCUAUCCCAGGUUUGGGGUGCAGCCCUGUCCCCCACCUCCUCCCACCCUUGAGUUUGCCCGGGAAGGCUUGGCCCCACACUUCUCCCCAGUGUUAGUGAGAGGCCCUUGCUCUUCCCGGCGCCUAGGACUCUAGAACAGGCUUCCUGCCUUCCCCCUCAUUCCCUCUGCCUGGGCCCUGGUGAAAGCACAGGCGUGUG